GGUAGCAGGCAAGGGGUCUGGCUCUCUGUUCCUCAAGCUACUGCCAAGUGCAACAACAAUUUUUGCAGAUUUCUCCCUGCACUGCGAAUUCUUCAACGUUAAUACAACACUCAGAUGUCCUCAAUCUGUAGCUCGCUUGGUUUUCUGGUUCCUCAAUUGAGGCACAGGAGGAACACCCGCUUCUUGAUUUUAUUUCACUCCAAGAGAUAUAUUAGCUUCGUCUCGCCUGUAAUUUACUGCUCAAACAAUGACUCCAUUUCCAAACAAAGCCAGGGUUAUGAUCCUUCAGAAGAGUUACUGGGACUUGAGGCUGAUCUCAAGCCAAGGAAUUCUAUCUAUGGUGCAUCUAAACCAAGAUCUUGGUUUGGUCCAAAUGGUCAGUAUAUUAGAGAGCUUCCUUGCCCUAGUUGCAGGGGGAGAGGUUAUACUCCAUGUACAGAGUGUGGAAUCGAAAGAUCAAGAUUAGAUUGUUCUCAAUGUAAUGGAAAGGGUAUAAUGACUUGCCGUCAGUGUUUGGGUGAUUGUGUCAUAUGGGAAGAGUCAAUUGAUGAGCAACCAUGGGAGAAAGCUCGCUCAAUUUCUCCGCUCAAAGUGAAGGAUGAUGAUGAAGUAGACAAUUUAGAAAUAAAGCUGGAAAUGAAGAAAAAAUCUAAGCGUGUGUACCAAUCACCACCUCCUGAAGUUGGACAGAAGAUCAGUCGAUCACUAAAAAGUCUCAAUGCCAAAACUGGACUAUUUAGUAAAAGAAUGAAGAUUAUCCAUCGCAAUCCUAAGCUUCAUGCACAAAGGGUGGCUGCAAUUAAGAAGGCCAAAGGGACUGCUGCAGCAAGGAAACAUACUUCUGAAACUUUGAAAGCUUUCUUUAGUGAUCCAGAAAAUCGACGCAAGAGGAGCAUUGCUAUGAAAGGAGCGAAAUUUUACUGCAGACACUGCGGACGAGAAGGACAUCGAAAACACUACUGUCCAGAACUUAGGGAUAGCUUGACAGACUGGCAGUUUCGAUGCCGAUUGUGUGGGGAAAAGGGCCAUAACAGAAGAACAUGCCUGAAGUCGAGGACAAGUAAUCAUAAAGGUACAGUUAGAAGGCAUCACAGCUGCAAAAUUUGUCAUCAAAGUGGCCAUAAUCGAAGGACUUGCCCCAAACUGACGGGGAAAAAAUCAGGCUGCACUGAUGCAAAGAAAGAUUUUGUGCUAGCUGGACGUAGAGCAUACACCUGCCGUUUUUGUCGAGAAAAAGGACACAACAUGAGGACCUGUCCUAAUGGAAAUAGAGAUCCUGCAACGAUUAAUCCUGGAUAUAAAGAGGACGCCAACGGCCUGUCUGUGGGCUAAUGCGUCUUCAUUGAACUUACAGGCCGUAGGUUUUCUUUUCUUUUUUUUUUUUUUUUUCCUUAUUGUCUGCAGCUUCUGUACCUCAAAGAAAUUAUUGUUCAUGAUGGCUUUAUUGUAUGUAGUACUUGAUUUUAGCUACCGUUAAAUUUCUAGUUUUUUUUUUUUUUUUUUUUAAGCAAUAUGCUUGGCGGCCAAAAAAAGAUGGUAUCCUCAAAAGCAUUAGCAGAGAAUGAAGAACCCAUGUAUUCUUAAUUUGGAUGUUUGAUUUUUAUUAAUUUUUCAAAAUUAACUUUUUUUUUUGUA